GGCUCUUUGUCAGCCGGUCUCCCGUGUAUGUGGUGUUGGUGACCGAUUCUAUCUCGCAAUAUUUUGUUUGUUCUCCUCGAAAGACGUCACCGACAAGAUGAAAACUGUCAACGCGGUGCCCGUGUCCACCGUGAAAUUGGAUACGACGAACGGCAAGUGCUCAUCGGACGAGAAAUGCGGCGGGGCGAACGGAGGCUCGGACGACCGCGAAGGGAGCGACGACAAAGAGGAGUUGCCGUCGCCGCCGGCCGCCAAGCUCAAAGGUGGGAAACGCAAGCGACGCUCCAACGGCGACGCUGCCGGCGGCAGCCAGCCUACUCUGACCGCGCUGUUUAGUCAGAUGGCGAAGCGCGUCAAGAGCGAGAACAAAAAACCGGCUGUCGCGGAGGUGAGCUACACCCGUUGCUCCGACUGUCGGCAGGUGCUGGACGCCGCCGAGUUGCGGCUUUUCGAGGGUGACCCGGCGGACGCCGUCGACGAGUUCUCGGCGCUUACCGACCCGCGGUUGAGCGUGUUCGAUAACGAGGCCGCCGUCGACGACGGCGGCGACGACGUGAUGGACACGCCGCAGCACAAGCUCACGCAGUUCGCUGUCUACGACCGGCACACGCACCUGUGCCCCAUCGACGCCGGCCUGAUCGAGCGCGACGUGGAGCUCUACUUCAGCGGGUACGUGAAGCCCAUUUACGACGAGGACCCUUCCCCCGAGAACGGCAUAUGCUGCAAGGCGUUGGGACCGAUCGGCGCCUGGUGGACCGCGGGUUUCGACGGUGGCGAGAACGCCGUGAUCGGAUUCACCACUCCGUACGCCGACUACGUGCUCAUGGCGCCCAGCGAGCAGUACGCGCCCUUCAUCGACGCCAUCAAGGAAAAGAUCUACAUGAGCAAGUUGGUGAUCGAGACGGUCGUGAAGGACCCGAACACCACGUACGAGGACCUGCUCAACAAACUCGAGCUGACACCCCCGCCUCAGGGCAUCGCCAAGUUCACCGAGGACGCGCUGCUUCGAAAUGCCCAGUUCGUAAUCGACCAGGUGCAGAGUUUCGACGUUACCGGAGACGACGAUGAGGCGCACCUUAUCGUGACGCCCUGCCUGCGGAGCUUGGUUAACCUGGCUGGCGUAACAUUGGGUCAGCGGCGAGCGAUGCGGCGCGGUCGACGCAAAGCGUUGCCCAAGAAGUCCGUCUGUACGUUGGCUACGACAACGCCGCUCGUACGAGACGUCUUCGAGGUGCUGUUCCACGGUCAGAUCGAUGACAAGGCUUCCAACGCUGCCCGUCGCAAGCGGUGCGGAGUUUGCGAAGCGUGCCAGUCGGCCGACUGCGGCAAGUGCAGGGCGUGCAAGGACAUGGUGAAGUUUGGAGGCACGGGCAGGCAGAAGCAGUGCUGCAUAGAGCGGCGCUGCCUCAACAAGGUCUUCCAAGAAGCGGAAGAAGACGACGGCGACACGGAAGAGGUUGAGGAUGAGCUCGACCGCAAGGCCGUGCAGGCGGAGGCGCCUGCGUCGCGCAAGACGAUGCGGCGCGGUGGCAGCCACGUCUGCUGGGUUGACGACAAGCCGGUCACCACGCUCAACAAGAAAUUGUACUUCUCGCGCGCCGUGGUCAACGGCCACGAGCUGCGAUGGGGCGACUUCGUGCUCGUCACCCCCACGGAUCCCGGUACACCGUUGUACGUGGCCCGAAUCGUCUACAUGUACGAAACUCCGUGGGGCGAGAAGAUGUUCCACGCGCACUGGUUCUGGAGGGGUUCAGACACCGUGCUGGGCGAAUCGUCCGAUCCUCGCGAGCUCUUUCUCGCCAACGAAUGCGAGAACCAGAGUCUCAGCACAGUGAACGACCUCUGUACGGUGGUGCUCAAACCCGCAGCCCAGGACUGGUUCUCUCGCGGUGGCGUGCACAGUUUGGAGGACGAAUGCGUGCUGCAGGGUGACGACGACGGAAGGUCGUUCUUCUACCAGAAGGCCUACGAGCCGGAGCACGCGCGCUUCAUCGACCCGCCUGAACUGUCUUGUCCAAAGGAGUGCGACGUGACGCAAGCUUGUACCUCGUGUCGUCAUGCAGAAGCGCAGGGGAAACUGGAGACUCCUGUUCCGGGAGAGGUCAUCGAGGAAGACGGCGGCACACUCUGCUAUUCGAGCAUCUCGUUCCAGGGCAACUCGUUCUGCGUCGGCGAGUGUGUCUUCCUGGAGCCGGAUGCGUUCCACUUUGACUUCAAGCCGCCCAAGAGCAAGAACAAGGGCAGCGUGAAAAAGGAAGACGUGGACGAGGACAUAUACCCAGAGUACUACCGCAAACGUUCCGAGUACAUCAAGGGAUCGAACGCCGACGUACCCGAACCCUUCAAGAUCGGCAAGAUCGUAUCCAUUUAUAGAAAAUCAGGCAGUGGUGACGCCAAAAACGAGCCCGAAAGGUUCAGGCUGAGGGUCAAGAAAUUUUACCGCUCCGAGAACACGCAUCAGCCAAAGCUGGACACCAACCUCUGCCUCUUGUACUACUCCGAAGAAGAGGCUGUGGUCGGGCUGAACAAGGUGUGCGGCAAGUGCUACGUUGUGUACAGCGAAAACCUGGCUGAGGACGUCGAAGACUAUCUUCGCCGAGGCCCUCACCGCUUCUACUUUACCGAAGCGUACGACAGCGAGACCAAGAGUUUCGUGGAGCCUUCAUCCAAGGCGCGCAUGAUGGGUUGUCUCGGCAAGGGCAAGGGUAAGAAAGGCAAGAGUUCGAGCAAUGCCGUCAACAUCGAACCGCCCGAAGAGUACUACGUGCCGCAGCGCAAGCUACGCAGUCUCGACGUCUUCGCGGGCUGCGGAGGCCUGUCCGAGGGAUUCCACCAGGCCGGCGUCAGCGAGUCCUGCUGGGCCAUCGAGCGGGAAGAGCCUGCCGCCACGGCCUUCCGUCUGAACUUCCCGGACGCCACCAUCUUCACUGACGACUGCAAUCGUCUCUUGCGCCUGGUCAUGGACGGCGAAACCGUCAACGAGUGUGGGCAGACGCUGCCGCAGAAGGGAGACGUCGAGCUGCUUUGCGGCGGACCUCCGUGCCAGGGCUUCAGCGGCAUGAACCGCUUCAACUCAAGGCAGUACUCCCAGUUCAAGAACUCGCUCAUCGCCUCAUACCUGAGCUACUGCGAGUACUACCGGCCGCGCUUCUUCUUGCUCGAGAAUGUGCGCAACUUUGUCUCGUUCAAGCGCAGCAUGGUUCUCAAGCUAACCCUGCGCUGCCUCAUCAGCAUGGGUUACCAGUGCACCUUCGGCGUGCUUCAGGCCGGCAACUACGGAGUGCCGCAGACUCGCAGGAGAGCCAUCAUCCUGGCGGCUGCCCCGGGAGAAAAGCUUCCGCUCUACCCGGAACCGCAGCACGUGUUCGCUCCUAGGGCCUGCCAGCUGACCGUAAUGGUGGACGACCGCAAGUAUCUGUCCAACUGCAAGUGGUCGUCGUCCGCUCCGCUCAGGACCAUCACUGUCCGCGACGCCAUGUCGGACCUGCCCGAGAUCCGCAAUGGCGCCAAGUUCGACGAGAUUCCGUACGGCGCCCAGGCCCCGACGCCGUUCCAGAAGAGUCUCCGCGACGGUGGCGCAGUGCUGCGGGAUCACGUGUGCAAGGAGAUGGCACCCGUGGUCGAAGCCCGCAUGCGGCACAUUCCCCUGGCCCCGGGCUCCGACUGGCGCGACCUGCCCAACACCGUCGUGCGGCUCUCGGACGGUGUGACGUACACCAAGAAGCUGCGCUACAUGCACCACGACGCCAAGAAUGGCAAGUCGUCGACUGGUGCCCUCCGCGGGGUCUGCCCCUGUGCCUCGGACAAGCCGUGCGACCCGCUGUGCCGACAAGACAACACGCUGAUCCCGUGGUGCCUGCCGCACACGGGCAACCGACACAACCACUGGGCAGGGCUGUACGGUCGACUCGAGUGGGACGGGUUCUUCAGCACCACCGUGACCAACCCGGAGCCGAUGGGCAAGCAGGGCCGAGUUCUGCACCCCGAGCAGCACCGUGUCGUGAGCGUGCGCGAGUGUGCUAGGUCGCAGGGGUUCCCAGACACUUACCGCUUCUUCGGCACCAUCCUGGACAGACAUCGGCAAGUCGGCAACGCCGUGCCGCCGCCCAUGGCGCGGGCUAUCGGACGCGAAAUCCUCAAGUGCUUAGCUGACGAAAAGGACAAUUGACUCUAUAGCACUGAAAUGUGACGAUCAAGUGUGCCUUUGGGGAGGAUAUGGCUCCCAAACUCCGGAGAAUGUACGUUUUUUGGUGCUCACCGUUUUUAGAUUGUCACAUGCGGUUUGGCUGCUGUGUGUUUCUAUGUGCUGUUUUUAAUCCACGGAUAUUCGCUUUUUGACUGCCUUUUCACACUCAGCGGCAAAUUUAUGCCGGUUUGUAGGUUUAAUUAAGCGCUUAGAUAUUACCUUAUGGUCUCUUGUCUGUAAGAAAUGGUAGGGCACACUGAAGGCGACUGUUGUGUUGGAAAGGCAAUUUCCUGCUGCACUGUAUAUGAUUUUUUAUCACUAUUUUUUAUGCACCUUAAAUAAAGAAAGCCCAUGGUAUAUAUUAUUUAAGUGCGAAGAUAGUGAGUGUUUUCAGCGUGUUCUGUUUAAGUUUAUCAAGUCAUUAAAAGUACAACGAACUAGUUCGCUCUUAACAGUUCCUUUGGCGUUUCUGCGUGUCGUAGCUUGAGUGUGCGACCUUACGAAGUUUUCUGACAUCGGUCUUCCCAGCGGGCGCAUUCAUUUAGAGCCAUGCGAGUUCCAACUAUCAGUACUCAAUAAGACGUCGUUGCUGAGGUUGUAAUUACGUUUAGAUUGUUGUCACGCUUGGCAAAGCUGACGGGAUCGCUGUACGGUUGAGUGGAAAUCGUGUUUUACCAUUGUGUCAUGUUUCAAACAACCAGUGUUUCAUGUGUAAAAGUUUUACGCUCAUUGGACGAUUAAAUGAUCUAUUUCAUGUACACCUCGA